GUUGUCUUUUAGUUAUUGAACAUUGAUACAGAUAUGGCAAGAAUUUUAAUGCCUAAUUUUUUUUAUUUUACAUUCCAACUUUUCCAACUAGCAUCAGUGUUUUUCUAAGAAGUUGUUUAAUUAUCUAAAAUUGAAACAUAAAUAUGCAACCUCCAAGUUGCGGCAAGUUUCCUUGUGUUUGCUGCAUGUUACAGUAAUAUUAAUUUACGUUUGUCAAAUAAUGACAAAAAUGAUCAAAACAAUUGUUGUUUUCAAUGUUCCAUAGUAAGACUUGCACUUUAUGCUGAUGCACAGCACUCUCACUUCCCUGUAGUUGUACUCUACUAUACUCGCUUUUACAACUCGACUCCCUCAGCCUAAAAGCAUACACAACAUUCUUCUUCAUAACGCCGUUUGUACAACAUUUCAACUUUACCAACCUGUCCCAGCCACCUGUUUCAUCUUUACCGUUUAUGAAAUUGCGUGUUUUUUUUUCUGAGAACCUAGAAGAUUUAGCAAUUUCUCCAUUCUCAGCACACUGGGGAUUUCAAAACAACGUUUUUUUCAAAUGGAUGCAGUUUUGUUUCCCUUUGGACAUAACCGCCAGAUCCUCUUUGCACUGUUUCUAUCGAGUUUUACCAGAAGAGGAGAGACAUACUGCAAGCAAGAUAGCGUGAGAGACGAGUGCAUCUCGUGCCCACUAUUCUACUGCAUGCCUCACUGUUUAUAAUUUCAUCAUGAGCAAUUCAUUCACAACCAUUGACCCCUGGGAUUACAAUGAGGACUACAAUGAUAGCACUGCUGGGUUUAAAGAUGAUCGCAGCGCUGCCCCCUGUGGCCUGAAAAGCACAUGGACCUUUGUUGGUCGCUUUGCCCCCGUGUCGUACAUCCUGGUCUUCAUCUUGGCACUAGUGGGUAACAUUCUAGUGCUGUGUGUGAUCCGUCGAUAUAGGCAAUCUCGGCACAGCCCAUGCUCCUUCUCACUGACAGACACCUUUCUGCUUCAUUUGGCAAUCUCUGAUCUCCUAUUGGCUAUAACGCUGCCAUUUUUUGCUGUGCAAUGGAUCAGCGAUUGGAUGUUUGGCGAGCCUAUGUGUAAAAUGGCCGGAGCUCUGUUUUCACUUAAUGUCUACUGCGGCGUGCUGUUCCUGGCCUGCAUCAGCUUCGACCGCUACCUGGCUAUCGUACAUGCCAUCAAUAUCAGCUGGAGACGCAAAACCUGCCACGCUCAGAUGGCAUGUGCCGUAAUCUGGGUCACAUGCCUCGGCAUGGCCUGUGUGGAUGUGCACCACCGUUAUGUGGUGCCGCUGGUUGACGGCGGUAAGCGGGUGUGCCAAAUAGUGAUUUCCCAGCAAUGGCAGAUUAGCAUGCAGCUGAUUAGCCUGUUUCUUGGAUUUGUACUUCCUCUCUUAGUCAUGCUGUAUUGCUACAUUCGCAUUUUCAAAUCAUUGUGCCAUUCCACCACGCGCAGGCAGAAACGGCGCUCGCUGAGGCUCAUCAUCUCUUUAGUGGUUGUGUUUGUGGUAACUUGGGCACCUUAUAACAUCCUGCGGACGAUUGACAGCCUACAGACACUGGGUGUCAUUGCUAAGACCUGUGGGUUGAACAGGGUGCUUGAUGUGGGCAUUCUGGUGACAGAAAGUAUGGGCCUAGCACACUGUGCUUUUAAUCCUCUACUGUACGGCCUUGUGGGGGUUAAGUUCCGUCGUGAGCUUGCCCAGAUGUGCAAAGCUCUUUUAGGACCAAAGGUGUACCUUGGAUCAGCAGGAUCGUUCCAUGGUCGGGGAUCAAACCGCAGGCCUACUACAUCAUUCAGCUCAAUGGAUAGUGAGAAUACCUCAUAUUUCUCUGUCAUGGCCUGAAAGACUGUAAAAGAUAGAGAAAAGAAAGAAGAAAUGAAUUAUGAGGUGAUGAAGCAAUGACCUGGAAAAAAGAGAAAAGUGGAACUGAAAAGUAACAACAUGAAAAAUGACAAAUGAUCAAAAGUUCACAUGCUCAAAAGUAGACGUGCUCAUCUGUGCAUAACAUUGUCUGAUAUACAGCAUAUUGACCUUUUUGUAAAGGUAAAAGAUUUUCUUUUUUCUCUUAAAGAAAAAAAUCUGUACAUUUGAAUGUGAGUUUAUAACGGAUCCAUCAAAGCAUUGAGUUCAACAUUAAAGGUUAAAUUGCAGUUAUAUUCAACUGUGGUAGAUUAUUAGUUUCAAACUUUUUGUACUUCAGAAAUUCUGCUAUGCUGCAGUUAUAAACAAGAAAAGGGGGUUAUUGUCACAAACAAGAACUGAAAUCAUUUUUGGAGAAUCUUUUAAGAUUCAAUUUUUUGUUUUAAUCUCUCUUAUGCUGUAAUUUUGAACCCAUUCAUUGAUAUUUUAAGUGAAUACACAAUGUAGUCAUGGAUUUAAACUGUUUUAUUUUCUUAUUCUUUUUUGUUAUUUCUGUGUUUUUCUUUCUGUUAAAGUGUAUUCCAGGUAAAUUGUAAUAAAAAAUUGACACAUUUGA